ACGAGUUAACAACGUUUUUAAGCUGUGCCGAGUAUUGAACAUGGGCUCAGUUACCCUCCCAAGUAUGUUUAGAUAUUCUUCACUUAGUAAAUUGGUUACAUCAUCUGGACGUUUGUUCAGGGCACGAAGUUUACCGGCGUUGACGUCGUUAGGCCUGCAUGACAAACAACAACGACAUCGGUCAUCAAAUUCUGCUGAACCCAUUCACAAGGUAUUGUAUGAUGGAAAGUGUCCACUUUGUGUAAAAGAGGUUGACCUUUUACGGAAGUUUAAUCGUGGCUCCGUGAACUUUUUUGAUAUUACGAAAGGAAAUUACAAUCCAGCAGACCACCAGGGCAUACAAUAUGAGGAUGCUAUGGGAGCAUUACACGUCAUAUCACCAGACAAAAAGUUGUACGUGGGGAUGGAUGGAACUCGUGAACUUUACCGUGCUGUGGGCUUUGGCUGGGUGGUAGCUUGGACGGAGCUACCAGGAAUAAAGUGGGUUGCAGACUCUGCAUACCGUUGGUUCGCUCUCAAUAGGUUUUGGUUGACUGGAAGACUUGGGGAAAACAAAGAUGAUGACUGUGAUUCUGGCAGGUGUAAGAUCACCAAAGAUAGCCAACAAAAGCGAUGAAGACAUGGACCAGGAUAUUAUUUUAACUUUGAAAUGUUUGGUUGAAUUUCGUUGGUUGAUUUACUCAUCUCAUCCGAGAACAACUACGUGUGACUCCCUCAUUAAAACAACACAUUAUCAAAAAAAUUAUUUCAAACAGUUUCCGGUAAACAACCAAGUCCAUCCUAUACACUAUUAGGUCUAUAGCGAGCUAUAGAGACAGGUUUCCUUUCAGUAUGACAUUGUGUUGUAAUAUGCCACAGUACCUGAGAUGUGACAUUGUGAUACAGUUAACACCAUAAUCACACAGUAUAAAAAUUAUAGUUUAGUGGGAUCUGAAAAUUGAAAUAAGUUGCAACCCGAAUCUAUCCAUUCGUAUAUAAGAAAUGUUCAUCCCAAAGCUGUUGUUUUUUAUUUUACAAUAACUAUUUAACCUAACCAGACCAGUAUUUGAGUGAUUCUAACCUUGCCAAAAUAUCAAUGCUGUAAUUUCAGUUUCAGGGCCAACAACAUUAGUGACCUAUAGUUAUUUCAUCUAGUUUAUAUUUAUUUUAUUUCAUCUUUAGAUAUUGAAACUACUCUACAUGUCUUUCAUGGUGAUGAUGUUUUACAGACAGUACAACCUGUCAGUCAUGGUGAUGAUGUUUUACAGACAGUACAACAUGUCUUUCAUGGUGAUGAUGUUUUACAGACAGUACAACAUGUCAGUCAUGGUGAUGAUGUUUUACAGACAGUACAACAUGUCAGUCAUGGUGAUGAUGUUUUACAGACAGUACAACAUGUCUGUCAUGGUGAUGAUGUUUUACAGACAGUACAACAUGUCUUUCAUGGUGAUGAUGUUUUACAGACAGUACAACAUGUCUGUCAUGGUGAUGAUGUUUUACAGACAGUACAACAUGUCGGUCAUGGUGAUGAUGUUUUACAGACAGUACAACAUGUCGGUCAUGGUGAUGAUGUUUUACAGACAGUACAACAUGUCGGUCAUGGUGAUGAUGUUUUACAGACAGUACAA